AUGACUGUCUCUUACACGCUGAAAGUUGCCAACUCCCGUUUUGGGGGUUUCUCCAAGCUGCUCUUCCGCUGGAAAGGCAGCAUCUACAAGCUGCUGUACAAGGAGUUCAUCGUCUUCGUGGUGCUGUAUGCCCUGCUCAGCCUCGUUUACCGGCGGCUGCUGACUGAGGAGCAGAAGCGUCUCUACACCAAAGUGGCUCAAUACUGCAACCGGUCCACGGACCUCAUCCCCAUGUCGUUUGUCCUAGGUUUUUAUGUUACCCUGAUUGUGAACCGGUGGUGGGCCCAGUACACCAGCAUCCCCCUGCCUGACCAGCUCAUGUGCGUCAUCUCCAGCAACGUCCACGGCAAGGACGAGCGGGGCCGGGUCCUGCGGCGCACCCUCAUCCGCUAUGCCAACCUGUCUUCGGUUCUCAUCCUGCGCUCCGUCAGCACCAGGGUGCUCAAGCGCUUCCCCACCAUGGACCAUGUGGUGGAAGCCGGCUUCAUGACACAGGAUGAGUGCAAGAAGUUCGAGAGCCUCCACUCUGACUUCAACAAGUACUGGAUCCCCUGCGUGUGGUUCACCAACCUGGCAGCCCAGGCCAGGCGGGAUGGCCGCAUCCGCGACGACGUGGCCCUCCGCCUGCUCAUGGACGAGCUGAAUCUCUACCGGGCCAAGUGCAGCAUGUUGUUCCAUUACGACUGGAUCAGCAUCCCCCUGGUGUACACGCAGGUGGUCACCAUCGCCGUCUACUCCUUCUUUGCCUUCUGCCUUGUCGGGCGGCAGUUCCUGGAGCCGCUGGAGCUGGGGCAGGAGGGGGACCUGGACAUGUACAUCCCCCUCUCCACCCUCCUCCAGUUCUUCUUCUACGCCGGCUGGCUGAAGGUUGCAGAACAGAUCAUUAACCCCUUUGGAGAAGAUGAUGACGACUUUGAGACCAAUAAGCUAAUAGACAGGAACCUGCAGGUGUCCCUGCUCUCCGUGGAUGACAUGUACCAGAACCUGCCCCCCGUCGUGAAGGACAAAUACUGGAAUGAGUCCACAGCUCAGCCCCCCUACACCAUGGCCACAGCCGCAGAGACCUUGAAGCCCUCGUUCCUGGGUUCCACCUUCGACAUGCACAUGUGCGAGGACACGGAGCAGAGCCAGCCGGCGGAAGCCUCGCCGAGCGUACCGCGCAUCCAGACGCCUCUGCUCAGCCGCUUCUUCACCGCCGCAUCCCCCGCCAUCAGCAUCAAAAACUUCAGCCGGGGUAGCCGAGGUCACCCCCGCCUGCGGCGCUCCCGGGCGGACGGUGGCUUCCCUUCCCCUUACCCCAACCGCCCCGAGGACCCCGAGUCGGUGGCCUGCAUCGAGGAGGAGAUGGAGGAUGAGGAGAGCCGGGCCAGCGAGCCCACCGCGCCUGGCAGUCGCCCAGGGGGGACCCGGCCACAGGAGGCCUCCAAAACACAGAGGAAGGAGCUGCCGCUGAUCCAGGUGAAGGCACCGUCCAGCGACAGCAUUGGGGCUGACCAGCUGGAAGCCCGGGAGCCCUGA